AGGAGGACUUUGCCUUCCACCCCGACAUGACUCCAGUCAAGAUGGCCGCCACACGGAACAACUAUCACAUCCUCAAACUCUUGUUAGACCAUGGCUUCCCCGUCCCUUCACCUGACGAUCACCAAUGGACGUCAGUACAAACCUCCCGUGCCUGGCUCACGGCUUACCGUGCCGUCUGUAGCCCCUCCCUGAUCCUGCUAACUAGUCCCGACCCGUUCCGGACGUGUUUCCGGACGGCCAGAGCCUUGCGGAACGCCUGCUGGAAGCGGGAACACUACCGGGCCGAGCUGGAGGAGCUGGCGGACCAGUGUGAGACGUUUGCCUGCGAGUUGCUGGCCGAAGUGCGAGACUCGGAUGAGCUGGAGACCGUUCUCGAGUUUAACCCUGGGGAGACUACGGACAAACAAGUUUUGCGGGGAACUUUGGAGGCGGCAGUUGAAAUGGAGCAGAAAAAGUUUGUGUCGCACGCCCUGAGCUUCGAGUAUGCAGAUUUACUUGCCGCAGGAGACAUCUACGAACUUCUCGACAGCAAGACGCUUCAGCAGUGGGCAAUAUGGCAGUUGGUGCUGUUCGCAGUAGCUAUCGGCAUAUUCCACCCAUUUCUGACUAUUCUGCACAUUUUGGCACCAACGACAAAGCCCGGGAGGCUUCUGGAGAUUCCAGCAAUCCGCGGAAUGUGCUGGUUCGUCUCCCUACUGAGCCUACUCAUCGUGCUGAUUGUAGAGGCGCAGACGUUUCGAGUGAGCAGUGAGGAGAUAGACAGGAUGGUACAGAACAUCCCGACGUCUGCUGUACAACUGUCCUGGACACAAGCAUUCAUCUUCCUCUGGAUGUGCGGAUUCUUCGUUGAGCAAAUCAACAAAGUUUGGCAUCAAGGAAUAUCCCCGUAUUUCCAAAGCUUCUGGAAUCUGCUUGACUUCUUUGCCGUUGCACUCUACAUUACACAUGUCGCCUUACGACUUGUGGCUAUUGCGAAGUGGGAUCUCCAUGACGGCCAUGACAUCUCACUGGACUGGGCGGCCAGAGCUAGAUGGAACGGGUUCGAGCCGCUUCUCGUGUCCGAUGCCGUGUUCGCCAUCUUUACUCUAGAUGUAUUCCUGCGCGCGAUGUGCUUUCUGCGCAUGUCACGGAAUCUGGGGUCUCUCCAGAUCUCCUUCGGUCGGAUGUUCAUGGACAUCAUCAAGUUCGUCAUUUUCCUCGGGCUCGUGGACCUCGCGUUUGCCUGCGGUUUCAACCAACUCUACUGGUUCUACGGGUCUGUUCACAACUACCUCUGCGAGAAGUACCAGCAGAGCAACUUGCAGAACAUCGGGUGUUCUAAAGCCCAUGGUUAUGCCACCCUCUCCAGGACGAUGCUUACUCUGUUCUGGGCGGAGUUCGGCAUCAGUGAUCUCUCCAUGCUGGAGCUGAAACCCGGGUCCAGUCCGGUGGAGGCGCUUCAGCUCAUGGAAGAGCCAAUCUUCACCGAAGUAGUGGGGACCAUCAUGUUUGCGCUUUUCCAAGUAGUGGCAGUACUCGUACUUCUCAACCUGCUGAUAGCCAUCAUGACUACGUCCUAUCAGAUGACUGAGGACAACAAAGACCAGGAGUGGGCGUACAUGUCUGUCAGGGAUGCGUUUGACGUCAUCAGAGGGAACCUGUCGCUGCCACCACCCUUCAAUCUCCUCAUGAGGCUAAAAUCUGGACUGGUUCACCUCUUCUGUUCGUCACCGUGUAGUAGGACGGAGAUUGGACCGCCAAGGCUCAGUGGACACCACAAAUACCAAACAGUCAUCGACAAGCUGGCCAAGCGGUACCGUCUACGAAAAGAGAGAGAAAAGGCCGACUAGGCCUAUCAAAAGAGAUCGGACCCAAGGGUUCUACCUGUUCAACUUUACGAUCUUUUACUAGGACACAGAAGAAAUAUAGACAAUCCCUGAUGUUAGGUUUGAAUAAGGCCGGACUGAUAACCUAUUGGAAGUAACGACUACUUAAAUAUUUGAUACCAGAAAAGGACAAGAAAUAGUCAUGCCUUCAGGUACCGGCAAACUUAUCGACCAUGAAUGGAAAUGUUCAAAAAUGUGUUUUCCCUAGAUCUAUCGUAGAAACUUAUUGUUACCAAAGAUGAGCAUCCUCAACAAUUAAUCAUUAAACAACGUCCAGUUAGUUGUGAACAGGUUAGUAUUUGCUGUAAGUAUACUUUUUUGAUUGUUGUAAGGUUUGUGUAUUUGUAUUUUUUAUAGACCUAUUAGAGACAUUUUUACGUGGUUAAGUAUGAAUAAUAAAUUCUCAUUAUUAUGAUUAUCAUAAGGGACAAAAGUGCACUUCAAAGACUAGCUAUAUUCUUCGUAGUCUGUUGUCUACUU